AUGCCCCGCGCUAAAGCUGUUACUCCACAUACACAGGAGCUCAUCCGUAUCAUGGGAAGCACUCGCCUACCGAACGGUGAGGCUAAAUAUACCCAUAGUGAGAUUGCCAGCUGCCACGGAGUAUCCAGGCCAGUUGUCAGCAAGAUACUCGCGAAGGCACCCCAGACCUACCCGCCCCAGCCUCCCGAGCGACGUGGGCGCAAGCCGGUAUUAUCCGAUAGGCAGAAACGGCACAUCAUGAGAGAGUUUGCGAAGGAUCCCGACGUCACGUGCACCAAGAUCGUGCGUAUUUGUAAGCUUAGCGUGUCCCCACAGACGGUAAGGCGUUUUCUGAGGUCGAGCGGGGCUGCUUAUGCUAAGAUUCCAACAGCUCCAAGGUUAACUCCGGCCCAUAAAGCAGCCCGAGUGAGUUUUGCCUCCGAGCACUUGCUUGCGGAGACUGAUUUCUCGACGUGGAUUUUCUCUGACGAAAAGCGAUUCAACUUGGAUGGCCCAGACGGCCUGCGCUACCGAUGGAUGUUUCCCGGACAAGAGAAAGCGGUUCUGUCGAAAAGAGCAUUUGGUGGUGGGUCUAUCAUGGUCUGGGGUGGGAUAGCUGGAUCUCAUAAAGUAGCCCUGGUGGAAAUACAGAGCAACAUGAACAGCGAGGUCUACCAGUCCAUGCUCGAGAUGAACUUGCUACCAUUCCUGGAAGCGGGGGAGGAGGAAGGAAUCGAGUACACCUUCCAACAAGACAAUGCGAGGCCUCACGUAUCUUCUUCAACUAAAGAAUGGCUGGCACGCAAUGGCGUGACAACCGUCCAGUGGCCAGCAGUGAGUCCAGAUCUGAACUGCAUCGAGCACUGCUGGGGCAGGAUGGCUCUAGCCGUCUAUGGAGGGGGUAGAGGCCCCUAUAGUACCAAGGAUGAACUCCGACAGGCAAUUUUUAAGGCCUGGGAUGACCUGACACCCGAAGAUAUCAGCACUCUCACUAAGUCGACUCGCAGUCGCUGUGUAGAGGCGAUUAAGUGUCAAGGUGGCCCUACGAGGUAUUGUUAG